GUCCCCGGGCCAAGAUGGCGGCGCGGUGCUCCACACGCUGGUUGCUGGUGGCUGUGGGGACCCCUCGACCGCCGGCUGCAGCGGGGACAGGGGCCCGGCCGCCCAGGUGGGGCGUGGUGGGGGCGUCGCUGGGCCGCAAGCUGAGCGUUACUGCCCUCGUGCCUUCCCUAGGAGCUCGCGGCCCAGGGGCGCUACUGACAUUGAGACCCGGUGUCAGCCUCACAGGAAUAAAAAGUUACCCUUUUGUUUGUACUGCCUCUUUCCACACGAGCACCCCUUUGGCCAAAGAGGAUUAUUACCAGAUAUUAGGAGUGCCCCGAAAUGCCAGCCAGAAAGAGAUCAAGAAGGCCUAUUAUCAGCUUGCCAAGAAAUAUCACCCAGACACAAAUAAGGAUGAUCCCAAAGCCAAGGAGAAGUUCUCCCAGCUGGCAGAAGCCUAUGAGGUGCUGAGUGAUGAAAUGAAGAGGAAGCAGUAUGAUGCCUAUGGCUCCACUGGCUUUGAUCCUGGGGCUGGUGGCUCUGGGCAGAGCUACUGGAAAGGAGGCCCCACUGUCGACCCAGAGGAGCUCUUUAGGAAGAUCUUUGGGGAGUUCUCGUCAUCUUCUUUUGGAGAUUUCCAGAGUGUAUUCAGUCAGCCUCAGGAGUACAUCAUGGAUUUGACAUUCAAUCAAGCUGCCAAGGGUGUCAACAAGGAGUUCACUGUGAACAUCACCGAUACCUGUGAGCGGUGCGAUGGUAAGGGGAAUGAGCCUGGCACCAAGGUGCAGCACUGCCACUACUGCGGUGGCUCUGGCAUGGAAACCAUAAAUACAGGCCCUUUUGUGAUGCGCUCCACGUGUCGGAGAUGUGGUGGCCGAGGCACCAUCAUCACUUCUCCCUGUGUGGUAUGCAGAGGAUCAGGACAAGCCAAGCAGAAGAAGAAAGUGGUUGUCCCUGUGCCUGCAGGAGUCGAGGAUGGCCAGACUGUGAGGAUGCCUGUAGGAAAAAGAGAAAUUUUCAUCACAUUCAGGGUACAGAAAAGCCCAGUGUUCCGGAGGGACGGUGCAGACAUCCACUCUGACCUCUUUAUUUCUAUAGCUCAGGCUAUUCUCGGUGGGACAGCCAGAGCCCAUGGCCUAUAUGAGACAAUCAAUGUGACGAUCCCCCCUGGGAUCCAGACAGACCAGAAGAUACGGAUGAGUGGGAAAGGCAUCCCCCGGAUUAACAGUUAUGGCUACGGAGAUCACUACAUUCAUGUCAAGAUAAGAGUUCCAAAGAGACUGACAAGUCGGCAGCACAGCCUGAUCCUGAGCUACGCUGAGGAUGAGACCGAUGUGGAGGGGACAGUGAAUGGCGUCACCAACACAAGCACUGGUGGCAGCACCAUGGAUAGCUCCGCAGGAGGCAAGGCUAGGCCUGAGGCUGGGGAGGACAAGGAGGGAUUCCUUUCCAAACUUAAGAAAAUGUUUACCUCCUGAUACCCAGCCGAGGAAAACGGUCCACUGGAAACUAAGCCAGGAGCAGCGGCCCCUCCUUGUGGCCAGGGCAACUUGGAGACAGGAGGAUUCCAGAACAGCAGCAUCGAGCCCUGCCUGCACAGGCCCUCUGGAUGGACUGCCUUGGCAAUAGCAAAAUCAUGUGACAACACACCUCUCCACAGAAUGGUCAUGGUGGACAGCCCCUGGGAAGUAAGGGGUGGCAUGCCUAAGGGCUGGUAGAAGUUUCUUGUCCACAGGUGUAACUCAGCCUCUUAUGGCUCAGACAGAGUAGGACAUCUCGACACUUCUUGUAGAGCCAAUACUCUAAUUUGGAAUCAAAUGUGGUGGAAAUCUUAGUAAAAAAUGAAAGGCCAUGCUUACAGCUUAAAAAUGAAGCCUGAAGCUGCACCAAGUUGUGAAGUGAUUACUUUCCCUCUCAUCAAACCUCUGGGAGGUUCUGGAAUGAGGCUUUCCUGGCAGGUUGUUUUUUUCCAGGAACUUGGGGCCUGCAAGCCCCCUGAUCCCAGUAUUGUGUACCCCUCAGUAAGGUGUUCCUUGCUCUUCUUAGAGUUUAUUUUAAUUCCCAAGGGUACCAAGCAACUGGAACAUGGGGACCUGGGGAGGCACACACAGAGAGUCCCUGGAGAUGCUGCUCCUGAGGUGGGCCGUGAUCUUUGUCAGGACGGACAGUUCUCCCUCCCACUCCACUGGGGUGGCCUCUUGUCUAUGACUGUUGAGUUCUGUUUUUGGAAGCCACUUAUGAGUGGGACUCCUGCCCUUCUGCUGGACCACAGCCAUCCCUGGCCACAGCCUGGCUACCAGCCUCCUUAUCCCAGAGCCUUACCCCCACUGCCUGCCACAGCUUGGCUCUCACCACUUACACUGUUGACACCUGUUUUCAAAAGUGUGUUUAAAUUAUUUAAUACUAAGGAUCGUCGUCUUUUCCUGUAUAAAUGUUUGUUCAGAAAAAGAAAGCACAGUCUAAGCAGUUGAAGGCUCUCUACCAUCCAGCCAGAGCAAAACAGUUUUCCCCAUGUCAGCUUCUAGAAUGUGUAGAUUCCACAUGUUUUCAGGCCAUCCGAUUGUGGUAAGACAGGCUAAUGGAGAACACUUCUGAAUAGUUUCCUUUUUGUUUUCCUUAUAAUUUACUUAAAUAAAGCAUCUAUUAGUGUCUGAUCUACGAAUGUAAAAAGGUUCUGUAUCAAUGUAAAAGAUGAUCUACUGCAAAAAUAUAUUUAAAACCUACGUUGU